AGGGACAACUGAUGGCGAAGGGAGACGAAGGAGGCAUGAGCGACGAAGAGAAGGAAAUCGACAUCGAAAGCGACGAGGAGGGAACCGAAAAUGUCGAAGAAACUCAAUUCAUGACCCAGGCCGAUAAGAGGGCUCACCACAAUGCCCUAGAAAGAAAGAGACGAGAUCACAUAAAAGAUAGUUUCGCCCAUCUACGAGAUUCGAUACCGUCCCUUCAGGGAGAGAAGGCAUCAAGAGCACAGAUUUUAAACAAGGCUACAGAUUACAUACAAUUCAUGAGAAGAAAAAAUCAUACACAUCAAACUGACAUUGAUGACCUCAAACGACAAAAUGGCAUACUUGACCAACAAGUUCGAGCUCUGGAAAAAGCUCGCAAUUCAGGACAACUUAGUAUCGAUGCAACAACUGCUCUGCUGUCGUCCACAGAUAAUAUCCUCAGUACUUCACCAUCAGGAGAUGGGCUCCUUGAUGGACAACUGAAACAAGACCCAAGCUCCCCUUUGUCAAUCAAAGUGGAAAACAACAAUGCAGAGAUUACUUCAGAUGAUGAAUACAGUAACAGAGUGAAGAGGAGGAAGCGUGACAUUUAGUUUCGGAAAUUUUCUUCAGAGUUUGUAGGUGCUGGAAGGUUUUCUCCUAACCCUUUAACUCUCAGAAGUGAUUAACAUGGAACUUCUCCCUAGAAUAUCCAGACAUUAUCCUGCAAACGGGUAUUGAGAAAACACCAACAUAGUAGGUAGAAGUUGUUAUCUUGAUCUAACACUAAAUUCUCGUAACUGAUUUACAAGGAAAUGUGUAAUAGCUAGAAGGGAGAAUUAAUAAUCAGAUCUUGGGAGUUAAAGGGUUAAUCAAACCGGCUGCAAAGUAGCUAGUCUAACACAGGUAGAUUUUUAAAUUUCUUUCUUAUUGUACAGUAUGUAAACUGCCUAAGCAUCUGGAAAAUUUGUAAUUUAGGGAUCUUGCCAAACUGUUGAGAGAGAAAUGUGUGGACCUUAUCAAUUGAUAUCACUUUAAUGUGAUGAUGCUGACUUCUAGUUAGAUCACACACUCCUCUCCUCUAAUGUUGUGAAAACCAAGAUUCACCAAUAAUAACACCUUGUCAGAACAAAGGAAAUAUUGUAGGUAGCCAUCCCAGUAAGAGCUGGGCAUGAACUGAAGACAAACAAUUGCAAGUGCAGAAAAUGUGGGUAUAUUUGUCCCAUGCUAGGUUCAUGAAGGGCAGCCCAAAGUUACCUGGUGUAUCAGGUGUCAGCAACCUUUGCAUAUUAUGCAAUGUAAUAUCAAUUCUCAUAAAUGAUGUUCAGGAAAUCUGUGUCAAGAUGUUAGGAGGGCUGUUUCUUUAAUCAAUGAUUGAGACUGUUAAAUCAGAUGCUUGAAGGUGUAAGCCAGCUUUUGUGUAUACUCAAUGUGUCCAUCACAAAAAACAAUUUUUUUAGUCAGGCCAUCGACGCAAUCACUCAACCUUGAGACUUUCUUUUCUAAACUUUCAAAUUUCGAGUUAAGAUCUGUAGUGAGUUAACCUUAAAUACUUCCAUAGCUUGUGGGGAGAUAAUACUUGAUCAAACACUUAAUUCUCAAGACUGGUUUUGAGAUCAGUUCCUCACAAACAGUAAAGAGAAUUGAACUUUUGGUCAGGUAUUGAUCUGAGUCAGCUGAUAUGCAGCUUUGACAGCUACAUUCACAUGUUCCUUCUAAAAAAAAAUAAGGUGACUAAAGAAUGAUGUAAUGAAUUCUGCGGGAUCUAAGUUUUGUUCUGAUGUUAUGGGUUGGUUCUGCCUCUAAUUUAUGCUUUUUCCUUGUAAAUUUGUAAAUUAUUCCUGCACAUUUUUAAUAUGGUUUUCAAUUGCUCAGAAAUUUGAUUAGGUGCUGUAUGGGAAUUGUCCUUAAGAAAUAAUCUGGUCACUGAUAUAUUUUCAUUAACCCUUUCACUUCCAGAAUUGAUCAAGGAGUAACUUCUCCUGACAAUAUCAAUAUGAUAUCAUGCAGCCUAGUUAAGAGAAUUUAGAAAAGUAUAAACAAAAGAUAUUGUUUGAUUUACCACCAAAUUCUCAGAGCUACAAGUAUGAGUAAUGUAUAACAGACAGUGUGGAGAAUUGUCAGUUAGAUAUUGGGAGUGAAAGGGUUAAAUUGAAUUUAACUAUCUUGUCCAAUAACAGUCUGUAUAUGUAGCAAGUGAAGGAAAUUACAAAAUAUAGUGUCUGUUUUAAUAUAA